GGCCCCAGGCUCAGGAUGGCGGCGGCAGGGGCGGCCGGCCAGGAGAAGCAGCUCGCUCCGGGGCCGGUGCCGGUGCCGCGGCGGCCUCGGGCCGAUUCCCGAUGGUGUCUGGCGGCUGCCGGCCCCAGGCUCAGGAUGGCGGCGGCAGGGGCGGCCGGCCAGGAGAAGCAGCUCGCUCCGACCCUUCUCAGUUUCUUCAUCUACAACCCCAAGCUGGGGCCCAAAGAGGGAGAGGAAGAAAAGAAGAUUCUGUUCUAUCACCCAAAUGAAGUAGAAAAGAACGAAAAAAUUAGAAAUGUGGGGCUGUGUGAAGCUAUAGUGCAGUUCACAAGGACCUUUAGCCCAACAAAACCUGCAAAAUCCCUACAUACCCAGAAGAAUAGACAGUUUUUCCAUGAACCUGAAGAAAACUUCUGGAUGGUCAUGGUUGUACGGAAUCCCAUAAUAGAAAAACACAAAGAUGGAAAGCCAGUCUAUGAAUAUCAGGAAGAAGAAUUGCUGGACAAGGUUUAUAGUUCAGUCCUCCAGCAGUGCUACAGCAUGUACAAGCUUUUCAAUGGCACAUUCCUGAGAGCCAUGGAAGAUGGGGGUGUGAAAGUGCUAAAGGAGAGACUAGAGAAAUUCUUCCAUCGGUACUUGCAGACACUGCACUUACAGUCUUGUGAUCUGCUGGAUGUGUUUUGUGGAAUCAGCUUCUUUCCACUGGAUAAAAUGACUUACUUGAAAAUUCAGUCAUUUAUUAACAGGAUGGAAGAAAGCCUGAACAUAGUGAAGUACACUGCAUUUCUCUACAAUGACCAGCUUAUCUGGAGUGGACUGGAGCAAGAUGACAUGAGGAUUCUGUACAAAUAUCUCACAACGUCUCUGUUUCCAAGGCACAUGGAGCCUGAGUUAGCGGGAAGAGAUUCUCCAAUACGUGCUGAAAUGCCAGGAAAUCUCCAACACUAUGGAAGGUUUCUUACUGGACCUUUAAAUCUUAAUGAUCCAGAAACAAAAUGCCGUUUCCCCAAAAUAUUUGUUAACACUGAUGACACUUACGAAGAGCUUCACUUAAUUGUUUAUAAGGCAAUGAGUGCAGCUGUCUGCUUUAUGAUUGAUGCUUCAAUUCCACCCACACUGGAGUUCUGCAGAAAACUGGACAGCAUUGUCGGGCCUCAGCUCACGGUGUUGGCAUCAGACAUAUGUGAACAAUACAACAUCAACAAGAGAAUAUCAGGGGCUGAGAAGGAACCUCAAUUUAAGUUUAUCUAUUUCAAUCACAUGAACCUGGCAGAGAAAAGUACCAUUCACAUGAGGAAAACACCCAGUGUAUCACUUGCAUCUGUUCACCCUGACCUCAUGAAGAUUCUCGGUGACAUCAACAGUGACUUCUCCAGAGUUGAUGAAGACGAGGAAAUUAUUGUGAAGGCAAUGAGUGAUUACUGGGUAGUUGGGAAAAAGUCUGACCAGCGAGAACUAUACGUUAUUUUGAAUCAAAAAAAUGUAAAUCUGAUUGAAGUUAAUGAAGAAGGGAAGAAACUUUGUGCAACACAGUUUAAUAACAUUUUCUUCUUGGAUUGAUCUGCAAAGGGCUGAUUUAUUGAAGAUGUCAAUGUCAGGCACUUGUUCAACAUGAGAAGUUAUUAGUCAUAUUAUUGACUGGAAUAAUGACAAUAGUAAAGCAAUACUUGCUUUGUAAGAAUCAAAAUUUCUACUAAAAUCUGUAAACUCUGACCAUAAAAUUUUUAAAUUUUAAAAAUGUUUAUGUGCAAAUUAACUAAAAACCAGUCUGAACUCAUCUGUACCAUUCCAUUCUGAUAUGUUAUGUGAAUAUUUUGCUGAAAAAUAAAACUAAUAAUUGUUACACUUUA